CCCCAGCAUGGAGAGGGCCAAGGGGACCAGGCUCAGAGACUUCCUGAGUGGGAGCCUGGCCACCUGGGCCCUGGGACUGGCUGGGCUGGUGGGGGAGGCAGAGGAGUCUGCUGGGAAGGAGGAGGAGGAAGAGGGAUCUCUUGGCCUAGAGAAGAGAUUCCUGCGUUUGAGCAAUGGGGCCUUACUCCUUCGCGUGCUGGGCAUCAUUGCCCCCAGUUCCAGAGGGGGUCUUCGGGUGGUCAGGGGCCUUGAUGGCCCAGCAGCCUGGAGAGUGUGGAACCUGAAUCACCUGUGGGGCCGACUGAGGGACUUCUAUCAGGAGGAACUGCAGCUGCUGAUCCUGUCCUCACCCCCAGACCUCCAGACGUUGGGGUUUGAUCCCUUCUCAGAGGAGGCAGUGGAUGAACUGGAAGGUAUCCUUCGGCUGCUUUUGGGGGCUUCGGUGCAGUGUGAGCACCGGGAACUCUUCAUCCGCCACAUCCAGGGCCUCAGCCUGGACAUCCAGAGCGAGCUGGCUGCUGCGAUCCAGGAGGUGACUCAGCCUGGCGCAGGGGUGGUGCUGGCUCUGUCUGGACCAGAAUGUGGAGAGCUGGGGACUUUGGAGCUGGAGAUGCAGUUCCGGGGCCUGAUGGGGACGCUGUCCAGGCUGGUCCGGGAGCGUGACCUGGGGGCACAGCGUCUGGUUGAACUGCUGCUGGAGCGGGAGCCCGCCCGCCUGCAGCCACCCGAAGCUCCCACCAAGGCUCCUGCGGAGGGUCCCUCGCACCACCUGGCUUUGCAGCUGGCCAAUGCCAAGGCCCAGCUGCGACGCCUGCGGCAGGAGGUGGAGGAGAAGGCCGAGCUGCUGCUGGACUCGCAGGCUGAGGUGCAGGGCUUGGAGGCUGAAAUUCGAAGGCUCCGCCAGGAGGCCCAGGCGCUGUCGGGACAAGCCAAGCGCGCCGAGCUCUACCGAGAGGAGGCGGACGCGCUGCGCGAGCGAGCCGGCCGCCUGCCACGCCUGCAAGAGGAGAUGCGGCGCUGUCGUGAGAGGCUGCAGGCGGCAGAGGUCUUCCAGCGCCAGCUGGAGGAGGAGCGAGUGCUUUCUGGGACCCUAGAGGCCUCGAAGGCCCUGUUGGAAGAGCAGCUGGAGGCUGCCCGAGAGCGCUCCGCCCGGCUGCACGAGACCCAGCGCGAGAACCUGCUGCUGCGCACCCGGCUGGGCGAGGCCCAUGCGGAGCUGGACUCUCUGAGGCAUCAGUUGGAUCAGCUUGUGGAGGAGAAUGUGGAGUUGGAACUGGAGCUUCGAGGGAGCCUGGAGCCACCCCCAGGCUCCCCUGGAGAGGCCCCCCUGUUGGGAGCAGCACCAUCCCUGCAGGAUGAGGUGAGGGAGGCUGAAGCUGGGCGGCUUCGGACUGUGGAACGGGAGAAUCAGGAGCUUCGAGGCCUGCUGAAGAUGCUGCAGGGGCAGCUGGGCGGCCAGCACCCUCUUCUGGAGGAGCAGAGCACGGACUCCAUGUUCCUUGUGCUUAAUGGGGCUUCCGGAACUCCUCCAGCCUCAGAUCACAUCCCCCAAAGUUCGGCUUGCCAGGUGGGAGGUGAAGGUCCUGAGACCUUGGACCUGGCUCCCGCAGCAUCAGACCCUGACAUCACACGGUCAUCUAAGUGUUCCCAGGCAUCUACUUCACACCCAGAAGUGAUGAAGAGACCCCUUAAGAUGGCUGCUGUGGACCCCCAGACCUUAGACCUGAACCCCCAAGAGCUAGACCCUACCGUGGAGAUGCGUGUGCCCCUGGAGAAGCCCAGGAACAGAAUCUCUCUUCAGACCCCCACUGAGGUGCAGGAAUUGCUAGGAAAGACUGAGGACAAGGAGACUCCCCAAGAGGAAUUGGUGCCCAAAGCCCAGUUCCUGAGACAGGAGAGCCUUGGGCACAUGCCACUGGACGGAGAGAGCCCAGGCCAGGGGCUAGACUUGUCCAAGCAACAGACAGAGGCUGAACAGAGGCUGGAGGGGAUAACCAGUGAACUGGUUCCACAGAAACCACAGCAGACAUCAGAAGGGGCUCUUGAUGCCCAGGCCCAGGAAAGACCGGUAUCAGGGGAGACACUAGCCAGUGUUGUCCUAGAGGAUCAGACCCUCAGAGAGGAGGUAGCGCGACAAAGGAGAGAGAUGGUGGUCCUUGGGGCUGAGCUGGAAGCCCAAGCCCGAAGGCUGGAGGCCCGGGAUGCAGAGGUAGCCCGCCUCUCAGAGGAGUUGGCCCAAGCAAGGAGAGCAGAAGCUGAGGCUCACCAAGAGGCAGAGGCCCAGGCCCUGGAGCAUGCCCGGCUGAGGGAGGCAGUAGACACAGCUGCCCAGGAGCUGCAGGCUGCAUCUAGAGAGCGGGAGGCACUGGCAGAGGCACUGGCUGUAGCGGGUCGUGAACGGAGGCAGUGGGAGCGUGAGGGGCCCAAGCUGCGGGCCCAGGCAGAGGCUGCUGAGCAGCGGGUGUUGGCGCUGGAGGGUGAGGUCCGCUGCCACCUGGAGGAGGCUGAGAGGGAGCACUUGGAGAAGCAAGCUCUCAGGGAGGAUCUAGAGAAGGCUGUGGUUCGGGGCCAGGAGCUAGGGGCCCGACUGGAGCAUCUGCAGAAAGAGCUGGAACAGACAGCCUUGGAACGCCAGGAGUUCCUUCGAGAACAGGAGAGCCAGCACCAAAGGUACCGGGGUUUGGAGCAGCGGCUGGAAGCUGAGCUACAGGCAGCAGUGACCAGCAAGGAGGAGGCAUUGAUGGAACUCAAGACCCGGGCCCUACAGCUGGAGGAGGAGCUGGUCCAGCUUCGCCAGUGCCCUUUGGGGCUGAGGCCUGAGGUACAAGCUGAGCCUAAGACCUUGGAGACCCAGAAUGGUCGGCUCAUCCAGGUGGAGCGAAAUAAUGCCACACUGGUGGCCGAGAAGGCAGCUCUGCAGGAACAGCUGCAGCACCUGGAGGGGCAGUUGGGGAGCCUGCAGGGCCGGGCACAGGAGCUGCUGCUGCAGAGUCAACAGGCACAGGAACACAGCAGCCGCCUGCAGGCUGAAAAGUCUUUGAUGGAGAUGCAGGGCCAGGAGUUGCAUAGGAAGUUAGGGGUGCUGGAAGAGGAGGUCCGGGCUGCUCGGAGGGCCCAGGAGGAGACCCGUGGGCAGCAGCAGGCUCUGCUUCGAGACCACGAAGCUCUGGUUCAGCUGCAGCGGCGGCAGGAGACUGAGUUGGAGGGACUGCUGGUGAGGCACCGAGAUCUUAAGGCCAACAUGCGUGCACUGGAGCUGGCCCACCGUGAGCUACAGGGCCGACAUGAGCAGCUACAGGCCCAGCGGGCCAGCGUUGAAGCACAAGAGGCGGCCCUACUGGCAGAGCGCGAGCGCCUGGUGCAGGACGGGCAUAGACAGCGGGGGCUGGAGGAGGAGCUGCGGAGACUUCAGAAUGAACAUGAGAGAGCUCAGAUGCUGUUGGCCGAGUUGUCUCGGGAGCGAGGAGAGCUGCAAGGUGAACGUGGGGAGCUACGGGGCCGCCUGGCACGACUGGAGCUGGAGCGGGCGCAACUGGAGAUGCAAAGCCAGCAGCUGCGUGAGUCCAAUCAGCAGCUGGACCUGAGUGCCUGUCGUCUGACCACACAGUGUGAGCUGCUGACCCAGCUUCGCAGUGCCCAGGAGGAGGAGAACCGCCAGCUGCUGGCCGAGGUGCAGGCCCUGAGCCGGGAGAACAGGGAGCUAUUGGAGCGCAGCCUGGAGAGCCGAGACCACCUGCACAGGGAGCAACGGGAGUACCUGGACCAGCUUAACGCCUUGCGCAGAGAGAAGCAGAAGUUGGUGGAGAAAAUCAUGGACCAGUACCGUGUGCUGGAGCCUGGGCCCCUGCCCCGCACCAAGAAGGGCAGCUGGCUGGCAGACAAGGUGAAGAGGCUGAUUCGGCCCCGGAGGGAGGGGGCCCUCCAUGGGGGGCCACGCCUGGGGGCCGAUGGGGCUGGCAGCAUGGAGAGCCUGGGGGGCCCCCUGGAGACGGAGCUCCCGGAGGGCAGGGAGGCGGAUGGGACAGGGUCCCCGCCACCAGCACCCAUGCGCCGAGCCCAAAGCUCUCUCUGCCUGCGAGAUGAGACCCUGGCAGGUGGGCAGCGGCGGAAACUCAGCUCACGGUUUCCUGGGGGACGAAGCUCUGAAUCGUUCAGUCCGGGAGAUACCCCACGGCAGCGGUUCCGACAGCGCAGACCGGGCCCUCUGGGGGCACCGAGCACACAUGGCAAAGGGUCCGGGGUGGAGUGGGUUGGCUCCGUUGAAGCACUCCCGGAACAUGAAACAGAUGCCAGUCGAGAGGGCCUCCAGGAGCAGGAACCGGAGAAGCGCCCCCUUACCUCUUCCCUCAGCCAGUGACACUGUGGGGACAGGAAGAAUGGGAAUGCAGCCUUCUCACCGCUGGAGGGUCAGUGGGUCUCCCAGGCAGUCCAAAAGCUGGGAAACCCAGGGGCCCCAAGGAGAGUCCUUCAACAAAGAGACCUUGGUCCCCAGAUUCCCCACAGCCUGCACUGGGGCCCUGAGAAGGAACUGGGAAAACUCUCGACAGGAGGGAUGGCUGGCCUCAACAGGUAGUUCUUGGCCAGGCCUCUUACUCUCCCAUAUGGCCAUCUCUGAGGAGGCGAUCUCUGGGGGACCCUCCAGCUGAAGGAGGUUGGCAAGAGUGGGCAAGAGAGCCCUCUGCCUGGUCCAGAUGGGAAGCCAAGGCACAUUCUCUGGGUUCGGGUCUGGGCUGAUGUCUGAGCCUUAUCUGGGACAUGAGGGGAUGGAGAAUAAAGUUGAAACCCUUUGAA